CCCUCCUCCCGUAGCCAGCGAGAAAAGACGAGUUUCAGGCGGAAGUAGAGACUACCGUUCAGUUUCUCAGCCACGCAUUGGGUGACCAGCUUCCUCGUUUUAACGGCUUUAGAAACUUCCCUGAAAAGGACAACUUUUGGAGUAAGAGCUUUGGAAUCCUUUGUGCAACGUUGAUCCCCACCUGUCCGUCAAGCAAAGCCAGACAGCCAAUCAUGAGCAGUUACAGCGUCUCCCUCAUUGGACCCUCCCCCUGGGGUUUCCGACUGCAGGGCGGGAAGGACUUCUGCAUGCCCCUUACCAUCUCAAAGUUGACAGACGGGGGCAAAGCAGGCAGGGCCAAGAUCAGCGUUGGGGACACGGUGCUGACCAUCGAUGGCAUCGCCACAGACGGCAUGACCCACCUGGAGGCCCAGAACAAGAUCAAGGCCUGCACGGGCAACCUCAACCUCACCCUGCAGAAGGGCACAAAAGCAGAUGCAGCCCCCAAGGCCGAGCCCCAGGAGAUCAUAAAGCCCGUGCCCAUCACACACACCUCCGCCUCCCCCGUCCCCUUCUCCUCCACCGGUGGCGGCAGCGGUCGCGGCAGCCCCGCCCUAUCUGGCAACCCCGCCAUCAACAAGACGGCCCGGCCCUUCGGCGGCGGCGGAGUGACCGCGCCCCUGUCUGGCAGAUCCACCCCUCCGCGGGUGGCCUCCAUCCCCUCCGCCUCCUCCGCCUUCACCCCCACCACCUCCAACACCACCCAGUCCUCCCUGCGUGCCUUCCCCGCCCCGUCCUCCUCUUCCUCGGCCUCGUCCUCUGCCUCCUCGUCCCCGGCCAGGAGCACUAGUGGAGCCGCGCCGUCGUCGUCGUCGUCAUCAGGACCCUCGGCGCCCCACUCCUCCGUCUACAACACGCCCAUCCAGCUGUACUCCAACAUGAACGCCUGCGAGGUGGCCAUGGGGCAGAGGCGGGGCCUGCUGGAGGCCAAAGGGGGCGUGGAGCUCUUUAACGGGACGGCGAAGAAGCCUGUGCUGACGGCUCAGCAUGACGUGACGCUGCCCCCGGUGGUGGCCUCCAGUAUUGACUCCAGUAAGAAGCGGCUGGUGGAGGACACGGAGGACUGGCACCCCCGCACCGGCACCACCCAGUCACGCUCCUUCCGCAUCCUGGCACAGAUCACCGGCACCGAGAAUGAUCAAGCUCCAGAGAACAGCUCUGCGAAGAAUGAGGUGGUAGAGGAUGUCCAGUCCAGUGCCCCUCUGAAGUCCAAAGUGUCCUCUGGAGGUCCUCGUCAAGGCAACGGAGUCUCCUCAGUCGCCUCUAAACCCUGGCAGUCCAGCAAAACAGCAGGUGUGCCCAAAGGAGGUCCCCAGCCCUCGUUUGGCCGGGUGAGCACCACCGGAGGGGGUGGAGGGGGUGCCCCUGUGCCAGUCCCAGCCCGCCCUGCCCCUCAGCCCCACCCCAUGGACCAGGACUCCCUGGUGCAGCGGGCAGAGCACGUGGCAGCCGGCACCCGCACCCCCAUGUGCGGCAGUUGCAACCAGGUCAUCAGGGGUCCGUUCCUGGUGGCCAUGGGUAAGUCCUGGCACCCGGAGGAGUUCAACUGCGCCCACUGCCGCACCUCCCUGGCCGAGGUGGGCUUCGUGGAGGAGCGGGGCAGCGUCUACUGCGAGCACUGCUACGAGGAGUUCCUGGCCCCCACCUGCGCACGCUGCCAGGGCAAGGUCCUGGGGGAAGUGAUGAAUGCGCUGAAGCAGACGUGGCACGUGUCCUGCUUCGUGUGUACUUCCUGCCAGCAGCCCAUCAGGAACAACACCUUCCACCUGGAGGACGGACAGCCCUACUGCGAGAGAGAUUACUAUGAGAUGUUUGGGAGCAGCUGCCAUGGCUGUGACUUCCCCAUCGAGGCGGGAGAUAAGUUCCUGGAGGCCCUGGGAUUCACCUGGCACGACACCUGCUUCGUCUGCGCGGUGUGCCAGACCAGUCUUGAGGGCCAGACAUUCUUCUCCAAGAAGGACAAGCCUCUGUGCAAGAAGCACGCCAACACUGUCAAAAUCUAAUCAACCCCCCCGGCUCAAACCCACAGAGGAGGACUGGAUGACAAGGACCUGCGGAAAACCACAGAACAUCAAACAAAUAAACAAACAAACAAACAAACAAACAAACAAACAAACAAACAUAUUGCCUGUUUUUCAGGCUGUCAGAUUCAGCUAAGUUGUAAGCAGCUGGACUUCUUUUGGAGUUUGAGGUCAUUUCACUUGCAAUCCAAAAGGCUCAUUCAGUUCUGAACUGAAGAAGUCUUUAUGAUGAAAGGAGAAAUGUUUUGAACUUUCAAAAAAUAAUUUCAGCUUCUUACAGCAUAGCUUCUUUGAAUAACAUGACCUGGAUGAAUGAGACAGACAUAUUCUACAAGCUGUUGAUAUUUUUUCAUUUGUUUGAGUAGAGAGUUUGAGUAAACAUGUGGAUGUAGUACUAUGCCAUGUGACGUGUUAAGGUGAUUGGUGUUGGGAACUGAUACUGUUUGCUUUGAUGCAUUCCUUUCACAAACAGUGUACAGCAUAAGUGUGAAGUCACCAAGACAGGUGAGGGGUGUUGUGAUGAAAUUUUAGGCAAUGUAUAUUUAGUGCACUUUUAAAACAACUAUAUCUUUCACUGAUCCUUUAAAAAAAACACACUAGUUUUCCAAAGUUGACCCCUUCUUCUUGCGAGUGAGCUUCCCCUUCAAAACAACUUAUUGAAAGAUUCCUAGCAGGUUCUAGAGUUACUAUGGUGGGGGCAUUAAGGAAGUUUUUAGUGGCAUCUUGUGCGGAGCAGAGUAAUUUUUGUCCAAAAGAGUAAAGUAUAAUAUAUAUCUAAAAUAGCACUAGUGCAGAAAAGAAGCCUUCAUACACUCUGUGGUGUGCGAAAAAUACAGUUUUGUUAUAAUCAUGUAUGUGUCUGCACUACAGUAAAUGAUAGAUGAAGAGAGUUAAAACUAAGACAUAACCCGGGAGGCUUUCUUGUAGUACAGUAGGUUUGCUCAGGGACGCUGACAGCUUUGGCCGGGCCCAGGAGAAAGGCCUCCCUCCACCUAAUAAAUAUACAAUGUAAUAACAACCCAAUUCUGCCCCCCCUCUAUCCCUGGGCCCAGGACAACAGAUCCCUUUGUCACUCCCCAUCAGCCUCCCUGGGUUCACUGUUCCCAUUGUCUUCUGGUGCAGGACUUUGUUUUUUUUUCUGGAGUUGCAGUUGUAAUUAGUCUGGUGGGUACCCUUAAGCUCCCGGCAGCAGCAAUAUUGCAGCAGCACAGAAGGCCCUCUUAAGGAGGGGUCUUGUCUUAAGCUUAGUCUGAGUCUGGUCUUUCAGGGGAAAAACAAGUAGUAGUAGUAGUGCCCAGAGGAAAAUAUUGCUUAGUACACAAACAGCCUUAGUUUCGUCUAUCUCAGAAAUAAAUGGGACCUUAAAUUGACGUCUGAUCGGGUUCUUUCCCAAAAAAAAAACACCCCCCUGAGGAGAAAAUCAAACAGUGUGAGACUGUUUCUGGAUAUUAAGUUGAACUUAUAGUGGACUCUGUUUGGGGCUUUUACGUGACACUGCUUCUCUGGAGUUUAAUUUUACAACAUAUUACGCAAAGGCCAGAACUCACUGAAUUCUGAAUGGUUUUCUCCUCAAGCAAAACACGAAAACAAUCUUAUCAUGAGAUCUAGUUUGGUCAGAGAAGACGAAAAGUCAAAGCAAUUCUAAGAAGCCAUAUUUUCCUCAGGGUGGAGUCUUUUGGCUGGUGUACUGUCCAUUCAGUAGGUCCCUCUCGUCUGUGUCUUCUGUUUUCUCAAGUUGUAAUUCUCGAUUUACCUCUUACCUGUCACGUCUCUUUUCCUCUCCGAUAGCUGAGGCGUACUCCUCGGCUAGAUUUUUACCUGCUCUAUUUAUUUUUUUUGUGUAGGGAUAACUUUUUUGGGGUUCUUCUUAGAGCUUUGCACAAUUUCACUGCACUGAUGGUCCAUGUAUUGUAGGGGGCAGUGAUCAUAUUUUGUUUCUAAAGUUUGUUUUUAUGUGUCGAAAUUGUGUUGUGUUUAUGCUAUGAUGCAAAGUACAUCUACCUUGUACUAUAUGGUGUUGAGGUAAUACCAAUCCUUUUAUUGUGACAUUGAAGCCAACAUUGUGCCUUAUAGCGUCUCAGACAAAUAUUUGGAGCUUUUAACCUUCUACAAUGAUUCCCAUUUUCAACACAACUUUGUUUGAGGAUAUUUUGUCUUUUUAUCUUUCUAUUUAAAAUAUCUUGGGAGCAACAGAUCACAAAAUUCUAUCGCCGUUUUGUGUCAAAGAAAUAAAAAAAAACUUUGGUGAGAUUGUAUUAUGUUCAGUCACUUUAUGGACGUUGAAAGAAAUCCCAUUUCUUCUUUUUUUUUUUGCAACCAUCAUCAGUAUAUAUACAUGUUCCUCGAGGACAAACCACAAAUAAAGAGUAUUGAUUUGGUUCAUGGCUACAAGGUUAUGUCUGCGUAAUGUUUUACCAAUACUGUUGUGGUUUAUUAUUGCUCCACCUUUGAAAAUCAAUGCAUCUUGUCUGGGGAAAAAAAGCUUUUCUGUUGGUGACACCAUAUGAAAGACAUACUUUGUGUGCAUUAAUGGACUUGCUUCUUGUUGUAUGUGGCUUGAAGUUCAUAUUAAAA